GAAUCACGAAGGCUAGCGUCACGGUAGAGGCCAACAGCGAGGAAAAGUCCUGCGGCCCAGCCGGCUACGAGACGCACGACAGCAUCACGAUCACCAGGCAGAUCGUCAUUGGUAGCGUCAGCCAGUACUUUCGGAACUCCAAAAACAUGCAGCAUAAUCAUAUCCAGAAUCCGUUAUAUUUCUCCAUCAACUUUAACAACCCGCACAUGUUGAUCAUGCAGGGGCGCAUCACCAAGGUGAUCAGCAUGAAGCCGCAGGAUACCCUCUCCAUGGUACGGGAAGCGGCGGGCGCCUGCAUGGACGAAAACAAGAAGGCCGGCGCGCUCAAGAUCUUCAAGAAGAAGUUGGCCAAAGUCAGCGAGAUUCAUAAGUUGUGUACCCAGGAGAUCAAUCCCACGCUGGAGAAGCUCCAGGAUAAGCGUCGGGUCCAGGGCCGCCUCCAGAGCCGUACCGAGCACCCGGAGGGGAGGGAGGAGGUGCUCGGGGCCCUCGAAAGCGGCGUGAAGCAGCUGGACGACCGCGACAUCGAGAUCCAGACUUUGAACCAUCAGCAGACGGCCCAGCGUGACAGUCAGCGCCCCAAGGAGCUGAAGAAGCUGGAGGAGGAGCACUCGAAGCUGUCGAAGGACGCGGUGUCGAGCGAGUCGAAGCUGAAGAACCGCGAGUCCGAGCUGCAGAACGCAGCAGGAGGCGCGCAAGCAGGCGCAAGGGGCCAUCGGCGAGCUGCGCAGGCAGAUGGAGUCAAAGGAAAAGGUCUACCAGAAGGAGAAGGAGAAGUGGCUUCCUUCACGGUGGUUGACUCCCAGCGUGGCUUCCUUCACGGUCGGUCCAUGCUGCGGAACAUCGUGGACAUCGAGCACGAAGCAAUGCAGGCCUUCCCACAGGAGCGAGACGCCGUUUUGGUCCUAUUCGACUUUGUCGCGGCCUUCCCAAGCGUGUCCCAGAAAUACUUGAUGGCUACGGCAAGUGCGGCAGGCAUGCCCCCAGGGGCCACAAACGUCCUGAAGUCGCUCUGCCAGCACGCGGUCGGCCAACUGCUGCUCAGAGGGCGGGUGUUCGGCGGCAUUCCCAUGGAGGCCGGGAUCUGGCAAGGGUAUCCACUUUCCCCAUUGUUGUUUUCCCCAGCGUCGGAUAGCCUGCUACGGAUUUUGGCGAUGCGUCACCCGAGCGCUGACGCGAGCGUUCACAGACGAUUCAGCGGUGGUCGUCCGCUCGUGGACCAAGGGGAGCAAGAGGGUGUUCAGGACGCUUGCGACCUUCGAUUCGGUUUCCACCCUUCGCCUACACAUGGCCAACACCAUCGCCAUUGCGCCGUCGGAGGCAGACCCUGCCCAUCUGCAGGCCGAUUUUUUUUUGGUUUAAACAGCCAGCGAUGCCGCAGCUCACGUGGGCGGCCACGGGCAAGUACGUGGGCGUCUACGUCGGCCCAGGCGAGGGACACCUCUCUUGGGCGCGCCCGACUCAGAAACUCCAGGAGCGGCUGCAACACUGGAAUUGGGGCGAGCCCGACUUGCACGUGGCUUUCCGCAUCCACGGGACUUACGGUGUAA